CUCAUGAAAAACCAAGGGCAUAAAAGCUUUAACAGGUUCCAUUAAAGGGAGAAGAAAAAUAAAAGAAAUAUUUCCUUUUCUUUUAUAUAUUUAAAAAGAGAAAAACAUUGAAACUACUCCUCUGUACACUCUCAUCUCAGUACUGAGAUUAAUCAAAAAUGGAAGAUCCGAAGAGUUUGGUUUCUUCGGAGAAAAGCACCGGUUCUUCGAGCUCGGUUUUGGGCACGAUCCAAGGCCUUCCCUAUCGGACCACCCAAAUCACUGAUUCUUUCAAUUCGGUUCUAGCCAUGAUUCAGGGCCUUCACAAUCAUCAUCAUGAUCAUCAUCGUUCAAAUCGGACCAAUCCCAGUUCUCCUCAGUUCCCUUCGAAACAACCCAAAUAUUGGCCAAUUUUCGGUCCUCCCGACGAGGACCUGAUUAGCAGUUUACCAGAUUCCCUGUUGCAGGAAAUCCUUUGUUUUUUACCCAUUGAAGACGCUAUCAAAACCAGCUUUUUGUCUCGACGAUGGAGGUCUCUGUGGACCCAAAUGCCCACCCUUUCAUUUACUCGUGAAUGCUAUGCUUCCAAGCACGCUAAACGUGCUGCCUUCGUUAACGAAACGCUGGCGCGCUUCAUUGGUCCCAAGAUUAAGAAUUUCCUCAUCAACUUCAAAUUCGAUGAAUUCAUGGAUGCUUUCUUCGAUGAAUGGGUCCUUUUUGCUACAUCCCACCAUGUCGAAAAGCUCUCUCUGCUUCUCGAUGGUGGGUUCCUUUAUGCCCCGUUUGCUGAGUGUAAACCUUACAGUUUGCCUCAGUUUCUGUACGUGAAUUUUUCUCUGAAUGAGUUAAUUUUAAGACAAUGUGUUGUCUUACCCACCAGCCAAGUUUCUUGGCCAAGCCUUAAGGUCUUAUCUAUAAACUAUUCCAGGUUGGAUACUGAGGCAAUUGAAUAUGUUCUGUCUGGCAGUCCCAAUUUGCAGAAAUUGAAAUUGCAUAACUGUGGAGGGGUUAAUCGAAUCAGUUCCAUGAGUUUGGAGGUUCUAGUGGUGGAUGCAAUCUAUGAGCCUCAUGAGAAAAAUGAGUUAGUGACACAGAUUUCAUGCCCAAAUCUUCUUUCAUUGAGCCUGUCGGGGUAUAUGUACCGUCGAACAUUUAGACUGAUGCAUGCUUCGUCUUUAACAAAAGCCAAUCUGAGUUUUGUGAUGACCAUUGACAAAAAAGAUAAGUAUGAUUGCACAAAGCAUCGGUCCAUCUUUAGGGACCUCCUAGAAAAGCUUUGCCAUGUUGAGGAAUUGACCGUCGGGACUUGGUGCCUUCAGGCAGGUUCACUGGCUCACUAUUCUCUGUACAUGCAUGCUCUACACUAUACAUAUUCAGUUUUAUCCAUACGGGAAAUAAAGGGCAUAUCUUCUCCAUUGUCAAAACGCCAUUGUUUGGUACUGGAAACUGAAAUAUGUGAAUGGGAUAUUCCUGGGAUCGUGAAUCUGCUUCACAGUUCACCUUAUCUGAAGAAACUGGUGAUAAAUUUGAAUUACUGUGACAACUCUAAGGUAAACAUCAUCGCUUCUCUUUCAUUGAAUAUAUCAGAUAUGCUGCAUAUUGAAAUAUGGGAAAUCAAUGAACACUAAAUAGUGGAUUAAUGAGCUUGAUUCAAUCUGAUAAUGGAUUAAUGAACAUUAAAAGGUUUCCUCAUUCAAUGCAAGAUUUAAGACAAAACCAAGAAAU